GAUUAGGGCUUUUCUCUCCUCCCGCUCUUCCUAGUCGGUGUUUCCCACUUAGUUCUGCUCCUCCCCCCACCCCCAGCAGCGAAGAGAAGACCCCUCCCAGUCUCUCUCACUCCCUCUUUCCUGCCCCCCUUCUCACCACCUUCUACCUGGGCUGUGGUGGCCUCGGCUGUAGUGAGAGGAGAGGCACCUCCGGGGAGCGGCGAAACCUGUUCAUCCGGUCCUCGGGAGACUAGGGAAGAGGGAAGGAAAGAGAGAGAGGAAAGCAGGAGGAGGGAGGGGACGAGACCGGGGCGGGGGAAAGUCGAGAAGCCAUUGGAGUGGAGGAGGAGCGGCAGUAGCCGCAGUUGCCACAGCCAAGCCGGACACACGUUCCGCGGGGCCCGGGGCCAAGAGCUGCGCGCCAUGAAGUGUUAAAUAGCCCGCUGCUGGGGUGGCGGGGCCGGGGCGGGUGGGGGGAGCUGCGACCAGGUACAUCGGCGGAACACGCGGGAGGAGCAGUGGCAACGAGGAGCUCGGUGGGUGCCAAAGUCGGCUCCAAGCGCUGAACGUCAAAAAGGUAGUUCCUGAUUGCCAGCAGAAUGAAUAGGGAAAGAGACUCAGAAACUACAAUUGAGGAGGACUCUCAGCCCAAUGAUGAAGUUGUUCCCUAUAGUGAUGAUGAAACAGAGGAUGAACUUGAAGAACAAGAGCCUGCAGUUGAACCAGAGCAAAACAGAGUCAAUAGAGAAGCAGAGGAAAACCGAGAGCCAGUCAGAAAAGAAUGUACAUGGCAAGUGAAGGCAAAUGAUCGGAGCUUCCAUGAACAGCCCCAGUUCAUGAACACAACAUUCUUUUGCUUAAAAGAGAGCAAAUAUGCAAAUAAUGCAAUUAAAACCUACAAAUACAAUGCAAUCACCUUUCUACCAAUGAACUUAUUUGAGCAGUUCAAGAGAGCUGCCAACUUCUACUUCCUGGUCCUUCUUAUCUUACAGGCAAUUCCUCAAAUAUCCACGUUGGCAUGGUAUACAACACUUGUGCCUUUACUUUUGGUGCUGGGCAUCACUGCAAUCAAAGAUCUUGUGGAUGAUGUUGCUCGUCAUAGAAUGGAUAAAGAGAUAAAUAACAGGACAUGUGAAGUUAUCAAGGAUGGCAGGUUCAAAACUGUAAAGUGGAAAGAGGUUCAAGUUGGAGAUGUAAUUCGUCUGAAAAAGAAUGACUUUAUUCCUGCUGACAUUCUUCUCCUGUCCAGCUCAGAGCCUAACAGCCUUUGUUAUGUAGAAACUGCUGAAUUAGAUGGAGAAACAAAUUUAAAGUUCAAGAUGUCACUUGAUGUAACAGAUCGAUAUCUCCAAAAAGAGAGUGCAUUGGCAGCAUUUGAUGGUUUUGUUGAAUGUGAAGAACCAAAUAAUCGACUGGAUAAGUUUACAGGAACACUAUUCUGGAGAAACUCAAGUUAUCCUUUAGAUUCAGAUAAAAUUUUGCUGAGAGGCUGUGUGAUCAGAAAUACUGAUUUCUGCCAUGGCUUGAUUGUUUUUGCAGGAGCUGACACAAAAAUAAUGAAAAACAGUGGGAAGACUAGAUUUAAAAGGACCAAAAUUGAUUACUUGAUGAAUUAUAUGGUUUACACGAUUUUUGUUGUCCUUAUACUCCUUUCUGCUGGUCUAGCUAUUGGACAUGCUUACUGGGAGGCACAGGUUGGUAAUUAUUCUUGGUACCUGUAUGAUGGACAAGAUAACUCCCCUUCAUAUCGUGGAUUCCUUAACUUCUGGGGCUACAUCAUCGUUCUGAACACCAUGGUACCCAUCUCCCUCUAUGUCAGUGUUGAAGUCAUUCGUCUUGGGCAGAGUUAUUUCAUAAACUGGGACCUACAAAUGUACUAUCCUGAGAAGGAUACACCAGCAAAGGCUAGGACAACCACACUGAAUGAGCAGCUUGGGCAAAUCCAUUACAUUUUCUCUGAUAAGACAGGAACGUUAACACAGAAUAUCAUGACAUUUAAAAAGUGCUGCAUAAAUGGACAAAUAUAUGGGGACAACAGGGACGCAUCCCAGCAUCAACACAGCAGGAUGGAUGAAGUUGAUUUUAGUUGGAAUACAUUUGCAGAUGGGAAGCUUUUAUUUUAUGACCAUUAUCUGAUUGAACAAAUUCGGUCAGGGAAAGAGCCUGAAGUUCGAGAAUUCUUCUUUUUGCUUGCAAUUUGUCAUACUGUCAUGGUGGAUAGGACUGAUGGACAGAUCAACUAUCAAGCAGCUUCUCCAGAUGAAGGGGCUCUGGUCACUGCUGCCCGCAACUUUGGUUUUGCAUUUCUUGCAAGAACACAGAACACUAUCACGAUAAGUGAGAUGGGAAUAGAAAGGACAUACAAUGUUCUGGCCCUCUUAGAUUUUAACAGUGACCGAAAGAGAAUGUCUGUAAUUGUAAGAACACCAGAAGGUCAUAUUAGACUUUAUUGUAAAGGUGCCGACACUGUUAUUUAUGAACGACUACAUCCAAUGAAUCCUACAAAACAGGAAACGCAGGAUGCCCUGGAUGUCUUUGCGAAUGAGACACUUAGAACAUUGUGCCUUUGCUACAAAGAAAUUGAUGAAAAUGAAUUUGCAGAAUGGUAUAAAAAAUUCGUGGCUGCCAGUUUGGCCUUAACUAACCGAGAUCAAGCCUUGGAUAAAGUUUAUGAAGAAAUUGAAAAAGAUCUAAUUUUGUUGGGAGCUACUGCUAUUGAAGACAAACUACAAGAUGGAGUCCCAGAAACCAUCUCAAAACUUGCAAAAGCAGACAUUAAGAUCUGGGUGCUUACUGGUGACAAGAAAGAAACUGCUGAAAACAUAGGAUUUGCUUGUGAACUUUUGACAGAGGAAACUACAAUCUGCUAUGGGGAAGAUAUUAAUGCACUUCUUCAAACAAGGAGAGAAAACCAGAAGAAUCGAGGUGGAGUUUAUGCAAAAUUCGCUCCUGUCAUGAAUGAACCUUUCUUUCCAACUGGUGGAAACCGGGCUUUGAUCAUCACUGGUUCCUGGUUGAAUGAAAUUCUCCUAGAAAAGAAGACAAAGAGAAGUAAAAUCCUGAAACUGAAAUUUCCCAGAACAGAAGAAGAAAGAAGAAUACGUACUGAGAGUAGAAGGAGACUUGAUGCUAAUAAAGAACAGCAGCAGAAAAAUUUUGUUGAUUUGGCAUGUGAGUGCAGCGCUGUCAUCUGCUGCAGGGUCACUCCCAAGCAGAAGGCCAUGGUCGUAGAUCUUGUGAAGAAAUACAAGAAAGCUAUAACACUAGCUAUUGGAGAUGGUGCCAACGACGUGAAUAUGAUUAAGACUGCUCACAUUGGUGUUGGCAUAAGUGGACAAGAAGGUAUGCAAGCGGUCAUGUCUAGUGAUUACUCUUUUGCUCAGUUCAGAUAUCUGCAAAGACUGUUGUUGGUCCAUGGUCGAUGGUCCUACAUCAGGAUGUGCAAGUUCCUCAGAUACUUCUUCUACAAGAAUUUUGCAUUCACUUUGGCUCACUUCUGGUAUUCCUUCUUCAAUGGGUACUCAGCACAGACUGUUUAUGAAGACUGGUUCAUUACACUGUACAACGUCCUGUAUUCCAGCCUUCCUGUGUUGCUAGUUGGCUUGCUUGAUCAGGAUGUGAGUGACAAACUGAGUCUUCGGUUCCCCAGCCUAUACGAAGUAGGACAAAAAGACUUAUUGUUUAACUAUAAGAAAUUCUUUAUAAGCUUGUUCCAUGGAGUCUUAACCUCAAUGAUCCUCUUCUUCAUACCACUUGGGGCUUAUCUGCAAACCAUGGGGCAAGAUGGGGAAGCUCCUUCAGAUUACCAAUCCUUUGCUGUUACAGUAGCAUCUGCCCUUGUAAUAACAGUCAAUUUUCAGAUAGGUUUGGACACUUCCUACUGGACUUUUGUAAAUGCUUUCUCCAUUUUUGGGAGCAUUGCUCUUUACUUUGGGAUCAUGUUUGACUUCCACAGUGCAGGAAUCCAUGUUCUCUUCCCAUCUGCUUUCCAGUUCACAGGAACUGCUCCAAAUGCCCUAAGGCAGCCAUAUCUUUGGUUGACCAUCAUUUUAGCUGUUGCAGUAUGCUUGCUUCCAAUUAUCGCCUUACGUUUCUUAUGUAUGACAAUCUGGCCAUCAGAAAGCGAUAAGAUUCAGAAGAAUCGUAAGAAGUAUAAAGCAGAAGAGCAGUGGAAACGAAGGCAAAAUGUGUUUCGACGGGGAGUAUCAUCUCGUCGCUCUGCUUACGCUUUCUCCCAUCAACGGGGAUAUGCUGACCUCAUCGCCUCAGGACGGAGCAUAUGCAAAAAGCGAGCCCCACUGGAUGCAAUAAUAGCUGAAGGAACUGCAGAAUAUAGACGAACCAUAGACAGCUGAUGUGAAUUUUUCCAUGGAAAUAGUUUUACUGAAAUAAUUGCACAAAGAAAAAAAUUUAUAUAUUUUUAUGACAGACUCUCAGGAUUUUUUUAAUUGAAUUUGACACAAGGAUAUUGAAGAUAUACAUAAAAAUCUACUCGGUUGGGACUAUUAAAAAUUAAACAAACCAAGUAUGGAUAUUUUUUAAAAAUUCCAUUUGUUAAACAUAUUCAUGAAACUAAAGCUAUUAACUCAAAGGGUUUUUUUUUUAAACCUUAUACUCAUAGGGAGUGACGUGAAACAGCAAAAAAAAAAAAGGAUUGUUAAUAUUAAUGAUGUAUAACAAAAUUAAAACUAAGUCAAGAAGAUACUGGUAAAAGAGUCUACUUAGAAAUACUGGGGCAAAUGGGUGAAUUAGUGGGUAGAGAGCAGGCUUAGAGACAGGAAGUCCUGGAUUCAAACCUGGCCUGAGACACUUCCUACUUGUGUGACCCUUGGGGAAGUCAGUUAUCCCCAAUUGCCCAAUUUACUCUUCUUCUGCCUUGGGACUGAUACGCAGUAUUGAUUCUAAGACAGAAGGUAAGGGUUAAAAAAAUCAUUAUCUGGGAACUGAGGGUUCUGAAGGCCUUUGUGGAGUUGUAAAUGGGCUGCAUGGUUUUCUGCUCUCCUUGUUUUUUGGAUAUUUGAUUUAACAAAUGAGUGCAAUCCCAAAGAAAUACGUUGAAUUUGGCAUUGUUUCUUUUUUUAGUGCAAGUCUAAAACAGUGCAUCAUAACAACUUUUAAUCCUCUCAAAGCAUGUUGUUUAGGGAUCCUCCUAGAAUCCUAUUGUAAAAAACGUUCUUUUCCUCUAAAGGAAAAUCUACAUUUUUUGUUUGUAUGACAACUUGUUGUUUAUGUGUAUAAUUAUGAAAAUGUGGGAGAUAGUGAUAAAUCACCUAGUAUUUUGCAGAGCUUUCUUCUGAAAAGCAAACUUUUGUGCCUGCCUAUAAAUAAUUGUAAAGUAUUUUUAUAAGAGAAGUGAGUAACAGAGACCUCAUUCUUUUUCACUUGGAUGUUUCUAGAAUUGCCUUGAGAGAAAGAAAAAAAUAUUAUUAACCACAUUUCGAAGGAUGGUAGUAUGUGUUCAUUUCAAAUGAUCAUUCUAAUUUAAUCAUGGGAAGCAUCCUCUAAUGAGGUUAAAAACCAUUUUUGUCCAAAGGCUUUCCUCCUUCUGUCUAGUACAUAAACUAGUUUCUUUUGCUAGUGAAGAUAUAAACACGUUUCACCAGUACUGCCUUCUACCAACACGCUGCUACUUGAUGUUAAAAAUGUCUGCCUGUCAUAUCAAUUCCUUUUAAGGAGCUUAAAAAUGUAUAUAGUUCUUCCAGGUGCGACAAGAGAAUGUAUAGUUCUUCAUUUUGUUGAAAUAAAUUAAGAAAGUUUACAACUUUUCCUCUAUCAUGUGAAUAAAAAGGAAUGUAAAAUUCACUUUUUUUUAACAAUGGUAAAAACUGAGUCUAUAAUUCUGUCAAUUUCAUAUUUUGCUUCUGUUUUGUCAUAAUUGAAUGUGGGGCAAGAUUGACAAUGCGAAUGUGUCAAAGACUUAUACUGUAGGGUGCAAUAUCAACAAUCUGAAUAUGCAAAUUGCUUUGGAAAAUUAUUUCCCUUUAUUUGUAAAUCUGAGAUUUAUUUGUAAAUAUUUUGUUUACAGAAUAAUAAAUGCUUUAGUAAUAUA